AGUCUCAAUUCAGUCUUUCAAUAAUUAGGCAGCGAAGGUCGCUCCUUUGUCAUGGAUAGCCAAAGGACAUGCAUGCCAUACCUAGCCAUGGUGCUAACGCAGUUAAUAUUUGCAGGCAUGGCCUUGUUCACAAAAGCAGCUGUUGGUGGAGGCAUGAAUCCUUAUAUCUUUGUGUUCUACCGUGAAGUUUUUGCUACUCUUUUCCUGGCUCCCUUCAUCCUUUUCUUUGAAAGGAACAAAGGCCUUCCUCGUUUGCCUAUGAUGAGGAUCUUCUUCACUGCUUUCUGUGGGGACACCUUGAGUUCCUUCUUGUACACCAUUUCACUCAGAUACACAUCUGCAACCUUUGCAUCAGCUAGCACAAAUGCCAUUCCCUCCAUCACUCUUGUACUAGCUCUUCUCUCAAGGGUUGAAAAGCUUUCAAAAAAGAAAAAACUCUAUGGAGCAGCAAAGUUGGCAGGAUCUUCUGUCUCCCUUGCAGGUGCAUUCAUAUUUUCUCUCUAUAAAGGUCCUGCAGUGAAGUUCAUAAAUGAACACCAACUAGCACAAGAAGCAUCAUCAUCUCUACAGAAUAGCAUCUCCAAAGCUAACUGGGUGAAAGGUUGCCUCAUCAUGCUAGUAGCUCAUACUUGUUGGUCUACAUGGCUCAUCUUACAGGGUCCUCUAGUUAAAAGCUACCCGGCUGAGCUUCGUCUCACUUUCGUUCAAUGCUUGUGCAGCGCCAUGCAGACCGCUGUAAUUGCUGUCAUCUUUGAGAGAAGUCCAUCUUCAUGGAAACUCAAAUUGAAUAUCCCUCUUCUUGCUGCUGUCUAUUGUGGAUUGGCCACUGGCAUAUCCUUCUGGCUGAUCACUUGGUGUGUGGAUAAGAAGGGUCCUGUUUUCACAUCAGCCUUCACUCCAAUGGCACUACUUGCCACAGCUAUCUUUUCCGCCAUUGUUUGGAAGGAGACACUUCACUGGGGAAGUGUUAUUGGAGCUGUUCUCCUUGUUGUGGGUCUCUACUGUGUCCUCUGGGGAAAGAGCAAGGAAGAGAAGCCAUUGUUAGAGGAACAAGAAAAAGAUGAAGGAAUUGGCCACAAUGAAAAGGAUCCAGAGAGCAACGGCCAUAGCUAAUUUUAAUUAAAUGGCAAUUAACUAUCUCAUUGCUUUUUAUGAACCAUAUAUGUUGUUCUUUUGUCUUCAUCAACAGAUGUGUAUUAUUCUUUAUCAAAUUCUCUGGUUGCAAUGUGUGUUUGAGUGAUUGUCUUAGUUAUGUACGCUCCAUUUAUCAAUUUUAUUAAAGUAUAAUUUUGUGUUCAGUUUCUCUA